GUCCACCUCUUUGUACGGUCCAUACCGCUUUUCUAGCCUACGCUAGACAACAGCAGGCUGUAUUGUACAGAUUUCUAUAAUAUCGCGGUAAUGUUGUAUUAUUUUAUGCUUUCACGUAUGAGCGUUUACACAUUAGAGCAUAAAUAGGUGUUAAUGCAUUGUCUUUUACCCUCCGUUUGAGCGCUAACGCUAACAUUACAGGAGUCAGCCUGCUCACAUGGAGUGGCGGAGCUGGUAAUUAAUUUCCCAGCCAUCCAGGAAGCCGAAUAAAUUCUGCAUAAAACCCCGAGACUUUAUUUUUAUUUAUUAAAUAGUGCAUUUAAUGUUCAUGGCUCUGGGUUCUUGAAUGUUCUCUAUUCAUCCGCUUUUCACACAAAGAGGUUUUAGUGACCCAGUGCCAAUGAAAGUUCACAAGCAUUGACCAUGAAAGUGCACAGAGUCUCGAAACGCCACGUGAAAAACAAGUGGCGCACCCACGGGAAGAAAAUCCGGUUCGCGGACCCCUCCGGUUCCAGUCCGAGACCUUCAACAGCAAAGUCUGAGAAUGAACUUGUACACAGACAGAAACCCAAAGUGAAGCGGUUACAGAAAAACUACAACAAGGCCGUGGCCGUAACAUCCGAAGAUGGACAUGUAUCACAGGCGAAAGGCAAGUCCUUGUCUGCACCCUUCCCUCACGUCCACACCAACGGAGGAGCUGAGCUGGAGAUGGGGAGCGACUCGGAGGACUCCCAGGACUGGAGGUCCUACGCCAAGAGCAUUCUGCAGAACGGUUUGGAGAAAGAAGGUGGUGAAGGGAAGUCAGUUACAAAUCAGUUAGAGGAAGAGGAGGUGAUUGAAUACCAUGCGCAGUAUGACCGCUCCCAGAACCACACAGUGUUGGUCCUGAAGCAAAGCCAGUCGCUGUGUUUCAGAGGGACAUGUCUCCUCACUUGCCUGAGCGGUCGUGUGGAAGUGCUGGGCUUCACCAUAGAACAGGGACAGCAGCCUUAUCCGCUCUUCUCGCCACCGUCCCACUGUCCCCUCACCAUCAGGGCCAUGACCGAGUGCACAGCGUCCACCAAGAGCAGAAAGGAAAGCCAGCUGGAGGCCAAGGGCCUCGUCCGCAAGUACCUCUCGUCAGAGCCGCGGAAGAGACUGCUGAGCGAGGUGGAUGCGGGCUCGUGCGUCAUGCUGCUUCAGCCGCUGGACACGUCACUCACACGAUUCUUGGGCAGCUUUGACGAAUUCAACCAACUCUUUGGCCUCAGCUCGAAGGAGCUGCGCUCUCAGGCUGCCGUAUAUAACCCAGCUCUCUCAGCUGUGGGUGUUACAGCGCUGCAGGGUUCCUGUGCACUUGGCCUAGUGGCAUCCAACAGCUACAAAGAGGCCCUCAGCAGCUUGCUCAGUGCCUGGGAAGGAGAUUUUGAUCGAUGUCCUGUUAUUCUCGUGUGCGGAGCCAAGAACUCCGGCAAGUCCACCUUCAACAGACACCUCAUCAACAGCCUGCUUAACCACACUGCAAGUGUGGAGUAUUUAGAGUGUGAUCUUGGUCAGACCGAGUUCACACCUCCUGGCUGUCUGUCUUUAAUCACAGUGACCGAGCCACUGCUAGGCCCUCCAUUCACACACCAGCGAGAGCCGGAGCACAUGGUGUUUUAUGGCCAGGCAGACUGCCAGUCUGAUCUAGACCGCUACCUAGACUCUCUCAAAUCCCUGUGGAAACACUACAGCGGAGAGAACCCAGUCAUCAUUAACACCAUGGGAUGGGUCAAAGGUCAUGGCUUCCAGGUGCUGGUGGACCUCAUCCGCUUCUUCUCCAUCACGCAUGUGGUGCAGCUGAGCUACGGCGACACGCCCCAGUGCCAUACCCUCACCUCCGACUUCCUGCGCUCUGCACAAGGCUGGCACACACAUCCCCCGGCACAGUCGGCCCUGGCAGGGGAACAAGCCAAUCAGCUCACAGCACGGGGUCACGUGCUCCUCAGCGUCCACUCUGAGUUUGAAGGAGCAGGGACCGCUGGGGAAAUGCGUCACCAGCGCAGUAACGAGCUACGCGACCUGGCAUUGCUGGGUUAUUUCAGCCAGCUGCAGUCUGCAGAACCUGGCCCUAUCCGCCCCCUGCACUGCUUCACCCCCUACCAGGUGCCCCACUCGGCUGUAGCUCUUGGAGUCACACACUGUGACGUGGCACCCAACCACAUCCUGUACGCCGCUAACGCCAGUUUAGUGGCUCUGUGCUGUCUGAGUGAAAAAGUAACAGGAAGAGGUGGACCUGUGCUGCUGUCUCAAACACCCAUCUGUCAGUGUGUGGGCCUAGGUGUCCUCAGAGGGGUGGACAUGGCUCGAGGGCUCUACUUUCUAGUCACCCCAGUGCCUCCUGCAACCCUGAGGCAGGUCAACUGCCUGCUGCUAGGGGAGAUCACACUGCCUAAAAUCCUUCUAACUGUCCAGCACGGUGUUGAAACCGAGCUCCCUUACGUCACCACAGAUUACAGCUUCGAGAUCACCGGUGCGGGAAAAGUCCACGUCUUCAAAGGGCUCGCAAGAUCCGGUUUUGUCAAGGCUAAACCCAAUUAAUAAACCCUUAAUAACUAAGCUCUCAUUGUACGGACUUCUCUUUCAGCGAAUGACGUUUGUAUCUGUAAUUGUUUUGUUUUAUAUACCAAAUAAAGAGGCUACAGCUGCCACCGGAUGUACAGAACAAAAGACUUUAUUUUAUUUUAUUUUUUUUGGAUUAUGGUGCAUGAUGGGAACGGUAGUUUUUAGAGUCCUAAGUCAGCGCCUUGCCAUAUGGAACACACUUAGGAUAAAACAUCGUUGCCUGAUUAUAUUUGUGUUUGCGACUUUUUUGUUCACAUAUUUCCGAAUAUCAUUAGUAACGGGUUGCUUGCAUACUGUUCAUUUGUCAGUUUGUUUCAGGUAACAUUUCUGGACUGUACAGACUGUAAGAUAUUAAAACGGGUUUCACUUUU